UCCCCAUGCUCUUCCUGACAGGGCUAUCGUGCAUCCUCAGCAGCCCCGGACUAGAGAGCGAUGGAGCUCUCCUCACAGCUCCCUUUCUCUCCCAUCUCACAAAGCCCUGGUGGGGCCAACAUUUGUGCACUGAGCUCCCUGCAGCUAGAGUGGCAAGUCUGGAUGUGUACGGUAUCUCCUGAAGGAGGAGAAGCUGUGGAGAUGGACCCAGGGGAAGACUUGAUGUUCUCUGAUCUCCAAGACUCCAGACAAAGCAUCAUCCCGGGAAGUCCCUGCAUAAGUGAGGAACAGCUGUUGUCAGGUGACAUUAAUACAAGUGAAAAUGAGGAGGAGAAAUUAAGCCAGGAAGGUCCUGAGCAAAACGGGUUGUCCGAGCCAUGUGUAGUGCUGAGUCCUGACAGGAGCAAAGCCAGGCCAGAAAGACAACCAAGGAACAGAGGCGUUAAAUCUAUUCCCCAAGCAAGAGGCUCCAAGAAACUAACAACUAUUGCUAAUCCAGAGAGACCCCAAGCAGAGGAGAAGCCCUAUAAGUGUAUAGACUGUGGGAAGGGCUUCAAGGGGCACUCUGCCCUCUGUACCCACCUACAGAUCCACACAGGGGCCAAACCCUUCGAAUGCACCAAGUGUGAGAAGAGCUUCAACAGGAAGGCAAACCUCAUGGUUCAUGAGAGAAUCCACACUGGGGAGAGGCCAUAUCAAUGCAAAGAGUGUGAGAAGAGCUUCGGCUGCAGCUCAAACCUCAUUGCGCACCGAAAAACCCACCUGAAAAAGAAACCUUACACUUGUGUCACGUGCACCAAGAGCUUUGCCACCAGCGCCGCCCUCAUCCAGCACCAGAGGGUCCACGUAGAAGGGAAACUUUUCCAGUGCACCAAAUGCACCAAAAGCUUCCGUCUGAGCUCCAACUUUGUUAAGCAUCAGAAAGUCCAUGCAAAAGACAGCCCCCGUGAACAUACCACAGAACUAGCAUUUCAGGAGAAGAAACCAAGCGGUGGUGCAGAGAAGGUUGCCCUGGACCAGUCAAAAUUGCUCCUUGAGGAAUUGAGGAGAAUGAGGGAGAAUGUGGAUAUGCUUCUCCUGAAUCAGCAGAGUCAGUUACAAGUUCUGCAAGAGAUUCAGAAGCAGCUGAGCAUCCUCCUCCCAGGCAACGAUCUCAUUAACUCAAAUGUAUACAGCUUGGGGCUCCUGCUGGGGCAGCAGGCAGCUGCAAUGGCCUCUCUGUCUUGUCCCCAGCUACUUAAUCCCAGCAGUCUUCUCCCCAGAAGUGCCCAGCCUCUUUCAUCCCAGUCAUCCACUUCUGAAGUGUUCACCCCUGUCCUGCCCCCACUCUCUCAAUUCUCUCUUACUCGUCCAGCUGCUUAACACUCCUUGUACUGCCAGUAUAUCAACUGCAACUUCAUGUGGGUGCUUUUUUUGUAUUUAUUUACUCUUCAAUAGGAAGGGCUAGGCUUGCCCACAGGAAGUCACAAUCAUGGUCUCUCUCCAAGUGCUGUAGUAGUGACCCUGACUGUGAGUCUGGAACACUCUCUUUACCAAGAUGUACUUAGCAAGCUUGUGGUAGGGGAGGUAUAAUCCAUCCUGUCUGCCCCUUGUAGUAAGUGGUUUGAUAUAUAUAGACGUGUUCCAUGUCACCCAAAUGUGUUCUUCAUUCUGGAGCAGAUACAGAGAGUACCCUCUCUCUGGUGCUGUAUGAAGCGUUUGGUAACUGGCCCUUAUCUGAGAUACGCAUGAAACUUUAACCACAGCAUACCUUGCAGAUAUGCCCUUAGUAGCAAGCUGAAAGCAAGGACACAAUCAUCGAGGAUGAAUUAAAUAGAGGGACUUGCGUGAGGGCUGCUUAAAACACAUCUAAGCAAGAUGAUCUGAAUGGGCAUGCAGUUGAGCAGGAUGUCCUUACAUGAGAGAAACUUUACUGAGGCUUCUUUAAUUUGGCAAGAUGUUAAAUUAUGCAAGCAGAAUGGCCCUCUAUGUCUACUAGUUGGCUUUGUUCAUAUCGCUUUAGAUUUAGUCAUUUCUUUUUGUUUGUUUUUGGAGACUUCUCAGUGAAGAGGUUUAAAAACCCGUGCCACUUCAUACAGCACUCUUAGUGGUGGUCAACCACAAUUUUUGUUUUAAUCUUCCUCCCCCCCCCCCCCCCCCCCCCCCUUUAAAGACUCUAUUCUUUAAAUGUGCUGUAGUGGCAGAGAGGAAGUGUUGCUUGUCUGGUGUUUUAAUAGGUAGCUAACCUUUUCGGGCAUAAUUCAUUAGGGGAAUGGAUUGUGACCCUUAAAGAUGCCCAGCCUUCCAGUCCACAUCCCAAGAAAAUGACUGAGACUUGCAGAGAGAGAAAGCUCAGCUCCAUCGUUCACAGCUGGGACUCAGUGCCCGUGGGAGUCGCUGUGAGUUAGGUCAGGUCUUGAGAAAGAAAGGAGUAAGCAGAAUGGCAAUAGGAUAAUCCUUCCUUUUGGCACAGGCUACAGCAGUACUAGACUUAAGAAUGGCAGGGCAUGAGGGCACCCAUUAUACCAAACCCCCACGUGAAGAAUCAUAGGCAUAAAGCAGUUUCCUUAGACUCAUGGGCCAAACAUGAUUUAGUUCAUAGUUUCUUGUUGUUUAUUAGCAGAUGUGCACCUUGUUGAAGCAUCACUUUUACACCCCCCCCCCGCCCUUCCUGUUUACAUUACAGUGACAGAUUUGGACUUUCCACAUGUGGAGGAGCACUUUGCUCCACAACUAGGCCUGUUGCAAAAUUAAAACAUUGCUUUUGCUUAGAAGUAAAAGUAGAAGUCCUGUGUACACUACUUAUGUCCCUUCUGUAGUCCAAGAGUGAGGCGAGGUGCUUAUGCCCUUUGUGGCUUAGAUGCUUUGCUGUACUGUGCUGCAUGUGUUUUUCCUCUCAUCCCUUUUCAUCCUUAAUCUGUGCCACUUGCUCACUGGAAGGCUCUGAACAUCCAAAUCUGUCACACAAGUUCAAUGUAACUUUGUUUCUCUCAGGCACAGCGGUCAGUCAUAACCCCUCCCUGGAGAGGAAGGAGUUUUAGCUUUGCCCUGCACUCAGUACCAAAUGCAUUAUUGGUCCAGCUGGGGGGACAGCUCACACUCAAAUACCCUACUGACAUCUAAAUUGUUAGGAACAAACACCUGGCCAACUUUAAAAACAAACAAAAAAAAGAGUGGCUAAACACAGCUAGCUUUUACUGACAUUACUCUGACUGCAAGUUCUUCACACUAAAUACAGACAUUCCUAUUCUGUUAGACUGCAACAGUGUUUGUUAGCACUACUUCUAUCCUCCUUCUCCCUUGAAGCUCUGAAUGACUGACUUAAUUCCCAGCCCUGCAGGAAACAGACACCUAGUCUCAUUUGUUAAUUGCAUGAUUCUCCUGUCCUGGAUAUUGUCUUGCGUUCUUACUCCUCCUGCUUGAAGUAUGAUGUUUUGCUCUGCAACACUGAAGGUAGCUAUGAGACUCAGGCCAGGCUGCAUUAGAAUAGCUAGUUUUCCUUGGGGGGGGGGGGGGGGGUAGAAAGGGUUUUUAGGGAGACAAUUUACUCCAGCAAUGCUGUGGCUACACAUGUGGACAUGGAGAUUGUAGGCCCAGAGGAAAGUGCACCUGCUCUUGGGGCAGACAUGGGACUUGCCCACAUGUGUUUGCUGAUGCCGGGUCAGGAACAGUGAGGAUCUGAAGCUUCUAUUGCAGGCUGUGCAGUAAUAAGGGCUCCCUUCUAAGGACUACCCCUGGUCCUGCUUCCCCUGCAAGCUCUAGGUUUGAGGAAUCUCCUCUUCUCCUGGAUGCUGCUCUUGCAGCUUUUCAGUUCCCUCUGGCCCCCAAAGCUUUCCUUGUAGGCAAAAGAGGCACAUCAUGUCCUGCUUUUCUCAGUCCUGGCUGACAGGAGAGUGAGAACCUCCCCAAGACCCUUUUUGCUUUUGUAUGGGGUCUCUCUAUUUGUCACAUUGCUCUUCUGGCAAUACAACCCAUGCUACCCCUCGUAGGUCAUUUGCUACAAAAGGCUUUUUUCUGCCGACUCCCCCAGAUAAAGACUGUUGAGCACCUUCUGCAGCAGGCUCCUCCUUGCAUCAGCUCAGUGCCUUUUCAUUAGCUGAUUGGAAGAGGAAAUCCAUGUAUUACUAUGGCACAGGUGACCAAGGAAAAACAGAGCAGCAGCCAUAGGAUGCAAUUCAGGAAGUCUCAAACCUUUCCUCAGAGAAAGGCUAAUGCUAAGCAUCCACUGACAUGAAGGAGUCUCAGGAGGCCUGACUUGAUCUGAUGUGUCAAAGAAGACAGCUUGGAUCUGUUCUAGCAGGGGACUGGUUAUGUGAACCCCAGAAGGUGCAAUUGAAGAGCGGGUAAGCAUUGGAGGAGAGGGUGGGGAGUGAGCAGUGGAAAUCACAGGAAGAGGGAAAGGAAGAGAUGGAAUGAAACAAGGAAGAGAGCCUGGGAUGUGGAAAGGGGGAAGGACAGUAAAGAAGUGACCAUGGGGUGCCUGGCACAGAAAAAGGCGGAAACAAUAAGAUAACAAAAUAAAACUAGGAAAAAAAGAGAAAGUGAUACCCAGCUCGAACACAGCACACUGAAAAGUGAAGUAUAUGGGACACUUAGGGAGGGAACACUCUUAAAUUCAGCAGUACAGUAUCCAGAACAGACAGAUGGGGCAUUUUCCAUCCCUUCAACACACAACCCUCCCUCUACCUCCUUGCAAUGCGUGGGUUGCUGAACAGCAAUUUUGGCCUAGAUCUGUCUCUUGGCAUAAAGGCUCUAGCUGCAGGGUUUCCUGGCAAAUAGCCCUGGCCUCUGAUCCCAGUGUCCUACCUCAAGGACAAAGAGCUGUCUGACAAGAUACCCUUCCUGGCCCAUGCCACAGGGGCUGGGGGCAGGGGAAGUGGUGGGUCUGUCUGGGUAGGGAACAGACACAAGCCUUUUUAAGUCACUUAUCCAUUGUGAUUUCAAAAAGUAGUCUCCGGACAGGAAAUGUUCUCAGUGGUCUAUAGGGGAGCUCAAGACAGCUCCAGGAUGUGUCAAACAGCAAUACAAAGGAGCUGCUGACCCUGGGCCCAGAGGCAGCACAAGACAUCAAGGUGGCACGUGUGCGGUGGUGCUGAAGGCUCAGGGGAACCACUCAGUGCAGGCCUGGUGCUUUGGCAUAAUUCAGCUGUAGGGGCUCUGGCUCUACCCCACGUGUGUGAAAUGCACAGGCCAGGCCACCCCAUCAUGAGACUGCUCACAUUUAAAUAAACAGCCCUUCAUCCCAAAUACAGUUAGUUACUUUUGCCAGAAAAAACUCAAAUACUAAAAACAAGACACUUGUCAAAGGGGAGCCCAUUUACCUUAACACUCACCUUGCUGCAGAGGGGUGAGUGUCACUACCCACUGUCUAUCUUUCCUGUACUUUCUUCCUCAUGGACUUGCUCUGUGUAGUCACCUGCCCCUUGUAUUUCCAUCACUCCCUUUCAACCUCCAAUCCUUACUUCCCCCAUUCACCCACGCUCUCUCUGUACCAUUUUCAAACCAUGUGGAGGAGGGGGGAAUUAUUUUGACUAAGGGCAGCCUGGCUUCUGUCCCACUGGAAACCUAAGAGACAACCACUGUCCUUGCUAAACACUCAAUUCCAAACCCUCAAGAGAAAUAGCACUGAUCUGAAUUCCAGGAGACUCCAUCUAUAGUGUGGGAAAUAGGAUGUCUGCUGCCAAAAGUCCACAAGAAUGAUUUGGAAACCAUGAUACAAGACACACUGAAUGCUGGGCAUGACACGGCUCAGAGAGCUCAAAAAGCAGCAGGAAAGUAACCAGUCCCCACUAACCAGAAAAUGCUCGUGCUUCUCCACGUACUCUGUUUCAAACCCUAAUAUGAGAUGCAUCCACGUGGUCAAUCCUCCCCACUGAUUCCUCUGUUGUGAUGGGUCACACAAACACAAGCAUCACACCAUGACCAUGUACCAUUCUCCCCUCACCAACCUGCAAAGAUCUUGUUCAUGGUGAAAGCAGAAGUUGCUAUGAUAACAGAUGGCUUUGUUGCAAUCUCAGUUGUUUUACCCUCACUAAAGGUGCCAGAGGUGACAUUAAAUCACUCUUCACCUAUGCAGGCCUCUCUUGGUAUCAACCAUUCCUUGCAGCCCUGGCCCUCUGGGAGGCAUGGCUCUUUGGCUCAUUCCAUCUGGGAGAACACAUGAGGUUUGGGAGUAUCAGAAAGGCUGUUGGAAGAAGUGGGGCAAGGAAGACCAAAAUUGUUAAGAUGGUUAUGGAGCAUUUGUGACACAUGCAUUUUUAGAUUUAUGAACUAAAGCUGAUGGGAGGGAAAUGGAAUACCCCAGGAGCUCAGAGGACUAAUGUAGAAGCUUUUGGAGGCAGCAAAAAAUGUCAGGGAAAGUUGAAUUGGUUUCCUUUAUGGGAGAUGUAAGCAUGUCCAUAAAAGGGGGACCCAAGGCAGUCCCAGUGCUAAUCUACAUAUUCAUUUCUUAAUGUAAACAGAGACCAAAACCAUCUCUGUGACUGGUCUCCAGUAGCCCCAGGCUGGAUGAAGAGGGCAAUGCUACCUGACUGCGGGUUAGCUGCCACAUACAAUGAUGGGGCUGGGAAAUAGAACAGACUGUCUGUGCCUAUUCAAACAGUAGUUCAGGACAGUGUGGAGGUGACAGGUUCCCUCAGACUUACUGGGGAAAUGACAGCUGAUCAUCUAACCACAUAAGAGACCCUUGAGCCACAGCCAGUCAUGCUCUGGGACACCACACAGCAUUUAUGCAACAUGGGAAAAUGCAUCUUUAUCCAGUGAGACCAGUCUCAUAGUUCUCCUGCAUGACAUCCCUGUAGAGCCGCUUCUGCCUUUUGUCCAAAUGGCCCCACUCCUUGGUGAGAUACACGGCCAUAUCACUGAAUGUGAAUGACACCUGAAAGGGGAUCAACGUGAGCCACUUCCACAUAGUGAUCGCCAGUAACAUCUCUGAUGGCCAAGAGCUCCCGAAUUGGCAAAAAUGCCAAAGUGCACAAAGAUAAAGAUACGGAUGCCUUUUUUGUCAUAAGAAAUAAGAAUGACACCUGAAACAACCAGGGACCGUAGCAGGAUCAGCCUCUGGUGGGUGGGAAAUUCCACACCUCAGUCACAGAUUGAGCAGUGACAGAUACCUAAUAGCAUAAAAAAUGCUCUCAGGCCUAUGGCAAGGACUCAGGUGAAGGGGCUAUCUGGAUACAAGACCAUGUUUGUGACUGUUUUAGGUAAGCAGGUGGAAAAAGAUGAGAGGAUAGGGCAGGGUAAGAGACAGCUAGGGGAGGAGCUCAGGGUAGAGAUGGAGGCUUAGAAAACAGCAUGGAUGCAGAGAAGUCAACAGAUGAAGUCAGCUUCAACAGCAACUUGCAUGGGACAGCAGUCUCACUGAAUCUUCCUCCUCAGUAAUGGUUUUUCCUUGAGAAAGAUCCAGCUUUUCUUGCUGUCACUCUCAAAGGCUUCCCUUGGAUCAACAUCCAGCUCCCCCAGUCAAGACCAGCUUGGGAAGUCCUGGCAGCAAUACAUUCCUUUAUCAAGAUAGCUAUAACAAUCCUCUGAAAGACUAAGUUUCACUGUCACCCCUUCCUCUGUGUUACUAGCUGCUAGGGAAUCAGACAUUUGAAAUCUCAAGAGAGUAAGAAGCUGGCAAGGUUCUGAAUCCUGUUUGAAGAAAUAUCCAGCAAAUUAAAAAAACCCAUAAAGUGGGCUCAUUGCAGGUGGUGUCUUCAUAUAUCCAUAUUUUAAAUCCCUUCCUUCCCCUUCACCUUCCUUCUUAGGAUCAUAGGAAAGCAGGGCUUGAAGGGACCUCACAUGGUUAUCUAAUCCAGCCCCCUGCUCGAGGCAGGUUCAUCCCUGGCUAAACCAUCCCAGCCAAGUGUCUGUGUAACCUGCUCCUGAACAUUUUUAGGGAUGGAGAUUCCACAGCUUCUCUUGGUAGCCUGUUUCAAUCCCUGACCACCUUUGCAGAGAGGACAUUUUUCUUUAUCUCUGACCUAAAUUUCCUCUGCUGUCAGCCCUUGCUCCUAGUCCUGGAUCUAGCUUUGUAUUUUCUCCAGAACCAGCAGUUUCAUCAUCUGCUCCUUCAUGUGGGACCCACUUUAGCCACUGACCAGAAAGCUUGUAGAGUCAGCUACAUGGGGUCCUCCUGCUUGUUGAUAGCAAAACUGCCUGAAGCACCUGCAGUGCAGCUCUGAGCUGACAGUGUCCCACCAAAAGACAGCUUCUUUCCCAUUGGGAAAAUGUUAAAAAUUAUAGUUAUUACAUGGCCCAGUAGAGUUGGAAGACAGUCCAGAACUCUGUGCAUAGCAGCUACAUAGGCACAUAGUUGUUGUAUGCUGGCAUAAUCUAAGACAUGCAGUUAGUUAUGCAGCUUAUGCUAGCAAGAAUGUAAAGUGAUUACAAAAAUUUCAAUGUGAUGCUAUAGAAAGAAAAGACAGAACUGACCCCACACGUGGUAACUGCAUCGGUACAAAUUUUGUAAGAUUGUCAGGAAUUCUUAGUCAAUGGCUUUAGUAUGCAAUGUACUAUUGCUGGAAUAUUCAAAGGCCCCAGCAGUCUUUGCAAGUCUAUGGUCUAGGGGAGGAGAACUCAGUCCAUUCCCCCCACUCUUGCUUCCAGCAGGUACAUCCAGGACAAGCUCAGGCUCUUCCAUCCACCUAACUUUCAGUAACAGUUUUUUACUUUCCAUUCCCAGAGACCACAGGAGGUUCAGCUCUAUCAACAUCUUUCCUGACUCACCCCAGGCAGCUUUAAGUAGUGAACAACCUGGCUUCAUUGCCUUAUUUUUAAUAGCCAGGACUUCAUCUCACUUAGAACCACUAUAAGUCUAAGCCUGACCCACAAGGAGAACCAGGCUCAGAAUUUAUAUUGCAGUGAACUGCUGCUCCUCCUCUUACACCCAAAGGCCACAUCCACAUGAGCAUGGAUGCUUGGUUCCCUGGGAACAGCUAGUAAUGGCAUACCUUGUGCCACCGCUAGCUGUCCCCAGAGAAUGCCUGUGUCAUGAGCCCUCUGGCUUGUGGCAAGUUACCCCAGGUGGGGUAGGAGAGGCUGGGGUCAGCAGUUUGUGCUCGGUGGUUCUACCCCACCAUUUUCCUCUCUCCUUAUUCUCACAUAGGCAUAUGGUUUCCCUCCCUGCUUGCUGGAUCCCUGUCCCACCAGGAUCCUAUCAGUCCCCAAGGACCCCACCAGAGCUUGUGAGCCCCUGGUUCACACCUACUUCUCAGCCAGCUCCUUCUGCCUUCUAACAGUGCAGGAUGUCACCACCUGCCCUGAGAGCAGACUGGCUUCACUGCCUUUAAAACAACCUGAAGCAGAGGGCACCUUUACCCAGGGAAGCCUGAUGUCACAGGCCCUAGAAAACAAAAGAAAACAAGGGUCAAGUUAUCAAAGGAGGGGGCUUCUCUGAUCAGUGAAGGGCACCCCUGAUCCAGCCUGUGCUGCUUGCCUCCUCUACCACCAUCGCACCCCUCCAACCAUCCCCUUUCAGGACUUUGGGGGAGAUGCAGCUGGGAGACAACCCACGCAUUGCUGAAGUGGUUUCUAAGCAGAACUCUUAGGUCAUGUGCCCACGUGCCAUGAGGGUUCCCAGGUGACUGCAGGGCAGCAGUUCACAACCUUCCUAGACUCCAGGUAGCUCUCUUGGGACUCAGGGCCCCCCCUCAGAAGACACCAG